AUGUCUGCAGAUCCCUUUCGCUUCCGUGUCGCACCUUCUAUUGAAUUCAACGAAAGUCAACUAGAGACACUCAAAGUCAUUCUGGACACAUUCAUUGCACCUCUUCCUAAAGAACAAGAAGAUGCACUUGUUUUAAAGCUGAAAGACACACACACCGAAGAGCAGGUCCGCACUUUCUGUCAACUGACCAGCACUUCACUUCAGUCAUUAGAGGCCAUCAAGCGUUUUGUGAACAGAACCGUGUUACCAGACAAGCGCAAAGAGCUCUUAUUGAUGCUCUCGUUGCUAUCAUCUCGCGCAGGUACAUUUGCAUUGACGGGUCAUUUCGAUGAGUUCAAGAACCUUUCCCUGUCUGAACGUGAAGCUAUCUUUAUCAACUGGAAAAACUCUUUCUUGCCACAAUUAAGAUUGCUAUACAAGACCUUCCACUCGUUAUCCUGCCACCCUGCGUACGCUGCACACACCAAGGAUCUGGGCAUUGCCAUGCAUUACAACGAUUUGAUCAAGGAUCAAAAGUACGAAAAUGUGCCUGACAGGUUAGACAUGUUGAAGCCUGAACAGGUGCAAGAUAAUAUGGAGUUUGAUGUUGUUAUUAUUGGAAGCGGUGCUGGUGGCGGGGUUGUUGCUAGCCAGUUAGCUAAAGCCGGUAAAUCAGUCCUCGUUGUUGAAAAGGGUGCUUAUCAUCAUGAAGAUGAAUUCAUCGUUGACGAAUCCAAGGGCUUUGAAAAUUUGUAUGAAUAUGGCGGGUUUGCUCCCAGUUACGAAGGUUCUAUUAGUAUGUUGGCCGGCAGUGUCUUUGGUGGUGGAACUACAGUCAAUUGGUGUGCAUCUCUCAAGCUCCAACACUUUGUUCGUGAGGAAUGGGCUAAACAAGGCUUGUCGCACUUUUUAUCACCAAAGUUUGCCAAUGAUCUCGACAGAGUUUUCGAGAGAAUCGGUGCUACCACGGAUGGCAUCAUGCACAAUAAAUCCAACCAGGUCCUAAUUGAUGGUUGCAAGAUCCUCGGUUAUCCAGUUUCUGAAAUUCCUCAAAACACUGGCGGCAAGCCCCAUGAAUGUGAAUUUUGCUACACUGGCUGUAGAGCAGGCAUCAAAAAUGGUUCCAUGAACACCUGGCUUCGUGACGCAAACCAGCAUAAUGCCAAAUUCUUGGUCAAGACAAAGGUCAACAAGGUCAUCACAAAGAAUGGCAGAGCUGUUGGUGUCGAAUGUGUGGUCAACUAUGACCGCAAGGUCACUAUCAAGGCCAAUCAAGUGGUUGUUUCUGCUGGUUCGUUGCAAUCACCCGGUGUCCUGUUGAGAAGUGGUCUCAAGAACAAGAACAUUGGCCGUUACUUGAGACUUCAUCCUUGUUCCAUCACGUUUGGCUUCUUUGAUCGUGAAAUUCGUACCUUCCAAGGUUCCAUUAUGACCGCUGUCAGUGGUGUCGCUGAAAACGUGGACAAUGAUGGUUACGGUGCCAAGCUGGAAGUGCCCUGUCUUCAUCCGGGCAGUUUCUCUACAGUUUUGCCUUGGCGUGGUGCUGCUGCCCAUAAGGAACUGAUGAUGCGCUACGAUCGCUGUUCUCCCAUCCUAAUCUUGUCUCGUGAUAAAGACUCGACUGGUGUGGUUCGUUAUGACGACAAGGACAAUGUCAUUGUUGAUUUUAACUUGUCUAGUCGCGACCGCAAAUCAUUGCUUGUUGGCAUUGAGCGUUCUCUUGAUAUCUUGGUCGCUGCUGGUGCUCGUGAGGUUCAGACUGGUCAAUUCGGCGUAGAUCCAUUUGUCUUUAAGGAUUCUGAAGAAUCUCGCGUGGAUAAUCCUCGCUUUAUUGCUUGGAAGCAGCAAGUCGCCAAGUAUGGCUUCCCCCAAGAAGGUGCGGGUGUCUUUUGCGCUCAUCAAAUGGGUUCCAACCGCAUGGGUAUCUCGCCAAAGACCUCCGUCGUCAAGCCCACAGGCGAGACUUGGGAAGUGAAAGACUUGUAUGUCGCUGAUGCCUCUGUCUUCCCAACUGCUUCUGGCGUCAAUCCCAUGGUGACAACUGAGGCUAUCGCAUUGCAUAUUGCCGAUUGUAUCUUGAACAAGAACAGCAAUGCUAAGCUUUAA